UAGAAGAGGGGAUGUAUUAACAGCGUCGUUUGUGGAGGAAAAAAAAAGAUAAUAACAAAGCGGCCAUGAUUAUAAUGUGAAGAAAGUAGUCCCUGCCGUCACGGGGGUGUGGGCGAGUCACGCUGUAUAAAUACGCCGGGUUGUCAAACAGUAAAGUUUCUCUGGAGCCUUCAUCCAAAGUGUCAGCUGGAGACAAAGUGGGAGACUCUGUCUGAGAAUUUGGGCAGCAAGGUAGACAAAUAUUCGCUGGUUUGAGGUCUGAAGCAGUGACUCGACACACCCGCCGUGAGACAUCAUAAAAGGGGAUUUAAAAAAAAAAAAAAAAAAAAAGAAGCGCAGGAGUACAAGUGGAGCUGCGGCGUCAGGGACGAGAGUUUGGACCUUAGAACACGAUAACGACAGCCUGCAACCUGCUGCCUCCUCCUUCAAGGUGCCUUUACCAUGGUGACACUAAAACAAUCAUACACUUUACAAUAAAACAGAGGAAACAACGUAUUGCAGCGGCAUUGCCUCAUUGUCGGCACCAUCGUCUUGAACGCUUUGUUCCCACAACGGCGCUAAACUGGUGCAGCCAUGCAUCUGGAAGUGAAGGUCGCCCUCAACUUCAUCGUGUCCUACCUGUACAACAAGCUGCCUCGGCGCCGAGCUGACCUGUUCGGUGAGGAGCUGGAGAGGAUACUGGUGUCUCGCUUUGAGGGCCACUGGUAUCCUGAAGCCCCGCUCAGGGGCUCUGCCUUCCGCUGUAUUCACCUGGGAGCGCCCAGGGACCCUGUGGUGGAGCUGGCCGCCAAAAGAAGUGGACUGGACACGGAGGAGGUGCGUGCAAAUGUUCCCGCAGAGCUGAGCGUGUGGAUCGACCCGUACGAGGUGUCCUACCAGAUUGGAGAGAAGGGGGCGGUGAAGGUGCUCUACCUGGAGGACCCCCCCGGCCUCGGCUGUGACAGCGAGAGAGCUGAGGGGGUGAUCAGAGAGGCUAAAGGAGAUCCAGAGGCGGAGGAGGCCAAGAGCCUGGGCUUCAACCCAGACGCUCAAGUGUUUGUACCGAUUGGAAGUCAGGCGUCUCCCGCCCUCAUGCCAUCGCUGUCCAGCUCUCCCACACCUCUGUCUGCCCCGUCCUGCCCCGGCCUCUUCAGCUACCCCAGCUCCAGCACACCCACCGACCCUGGUGUCCACUCUUCCAACACCUCCACCCCUUCUCCUCCCAGCGGCGGCCUGCCCUACCUCUCCACCCAGCAGCCGCCGUCCACUCUCCCUACGGCCCGUCCGCAGCCCAUCACCUUCACCACUGCCAGCUUCGCCGCAACUAAAUUCGGCUCCACCAAAAUGAAGAAGUGCAGCGGCGCUGGGUCAGCGGCUAGCUCCGGCGUCAUCGUACCACCGUCCCAGAGGAUGCUGUCCCGCUCUCCCACCACCAUCUCGGCACCAGAGCUGCUCAAGCACAAGCCCCUCUCUCUUUCCUUGCACUCUCUCGGAGGACCCAUCCCCAGCCAGCUCUCCCCCAACGCCAAAGAGUUUGUCUACCCAGGAUCCCCCGGCCCCCUUUACUUCGAUGCCGACACCCAGCCCAUGCAGCCUCACGCCAGCCCCUUCCAGCCCCCGCACACGGUCAACACCCAUCCGUCCUUCGAUCCGUUCUCCAGCUCUCCUGCUCAGAGCGUUGGCAUCAUUGGCAGCAACGGAGGAAUCUCGUACAUGGAGAAGCCGCCGUUCGUUGAGGGUUUAGGAAGCUACAACCUGCAAUACCCUAGUCAGUCCUUCCAGCCUGUGGUGCUGGCCAACUAAGCCUUCCUUUGUAACGAUAGGGGUUGUUGAGGAGGAGCUGGGCGUUGGACAGUGAUGAUAUUUUCAGUUUUUCUAACAAAUUGUUCUAAUACUAAUACAUGUUAAGACUUAGUUUUACUACAAAGAUUUAAAGACACCACGUCCACUGAACAUUUCAUGUGACUUGUUUUGGAUCUGUGACCCCCGCCCCCACCCUGCCGCUGUCCAUUGCUGUUACUCGUCACGUUCGGUGUGUCGGCUUUGACAGGAGUGGGCGGGGGUGAGUUGCUUUCUACCUUUAGCUGUUGCCAAUCUCUUCUGUUUAUUUUUUAUUUUUUUGCAUUGAAUGUUAAUGUAAGAGGAUUUUUCUUUUCUUUCUUGACUCGUAGUCUAAUGGACUCGGCUCCAGUAUAGCUCCAAUUUGCACUGCACUGUCAUGCUGUGAAAAAGGACUUCGCCAAGUCCUGCAGGGAAUGACGGCUGUGGAAAACUCAGCACUUUGCUCUGCAAUCUGCUCUGCCCUACUUGCCACAAAUACAGAGAGGGGGGCUCUGCUGUGUGCUUCUGUUCUGUUUUGUUGUGGCUCAGCGUGAUCGGGAGGCUCAUUGUUUGUGCGGCAGGCCCGUUACCUUUGAAAUACACUCGUGCACAGACAUAAUUGGGCUCUGCUGUUGUGAGCGGAUGUAUAUUGGAAGCAGGUUAUCGUCAGCUGGAACGUGCACAUGCCCGGGGUUUAAAUGAAGUGGGAGCAGUGGAGGGAGCAGAGAGGGAGCGAUGUAGGAGAAUGUAUUGUACCUGUCGAGGGAAGCUGCAGCGGUGAAGGUCGGGGAGGGAAACCUUUUUGAAUGUGACAGAAAGUAGAUUUUAAGACAAUAAGUGCGUGCGGAUACCUCAGCUGUUGUACAUGCAGCGACGGACGCUAUGGUCUCACACAUGAGUUCAAACGAACACCGUACGCAUUGAAAUGUGCACAUGCACGCAACUGCACUUAGCGGCGUGUGAAGGUGAACAGGCGGAGGAGGAGGUGAGGGGGAGGGGAUGCAGCAGCUAAGCAGUAGGGAUUGUGAUAAAUGGCUUAGCAUGACUUUGACUAUGAAGGACAGGUUUUCCUCAGCGUGGAGAGGAGGGAGGGGAAUGGGAAGACAGAAGGAAACGAGGGAGAGGGUUGUGUUGCCUCGGUGCCGUCCAGGCUGUACUGGCUUAGAAAGUGACACUUUAAAACCCAGAGCACGUUUCUGGUGAGCUUAAAUGGUAUUGAAGCCAAAGGCUCACACUAUUCUCUCCCUCCUCUUGAAAUUCUCCCGUGAUCUCUGCUGGCUGCUCCAAACAAAAACCUGAAUCAUACAGUUCAGGUCGCUCCGUGUCUUUUCCCAACCACAAGGAAACAAAGAGGAAUGUUAAUUACAGUACGUGUGGCUUCUGUGGCUUCACUGGGUAGAUUGUCAGAUGGCUGAUGUUACGAACGGUGUUUGUUUAACGGCUGGACUUGGUGCUGGUCCCUACAUUAAAGGGUAACCUGUCCGUGUCCAGCCCCUCAUCACUGGGCCACUGCAGACACUAAACAACCCCUCUGCCCUCUUCUUUGGCUCCUGCACCUUUUUAUUCAGCUGUCAUUUAACGCUUUCAAAGAGGAGCUCGAUCUGCAUUUCACGACGGUGACGAGACGCCGUCAGUCUUAUUCUUACCCAUUUGUAUGAAUGUUUUCCAAGCUUGUACCUAUAGAUGGUUUUUGCAUAAGAUGGCUCAAGAAACCUCGACUGCUGGUUUUGCAUCGUGACAGGUUGUCAUAUGCAUGCAACUUUUAGUUCUUCAUCCUUUUGUUGUUUUGUUUUGUUCCCCAGGGGGACGGGUGGGGAGGUGUGUAUUUCUGUAAAUGUUCCAGUUGUGAGGGAAAGAUUUUUUUGUUUUGUAAUUUAUUUCUAUAUUUUUGUUCUUGCAAAUUAUCACUCACGUUUGUAUGAGUACGACAUGGCGAGUCCAGGAAUAUGUAUAUAAAAAAAAGUUCAUAUGUUCAGAUUCUUUGUUUAGUUUCUUACAUGCUGAAGUUAUUUUUUCAGAAAAUAACAUUGAAUAUAUGCAAACCGAGACAAAAAUAAAGAUGUACAGAAUAAAGUAUUGAAUGUGUAUUGUACCUUGUACAGAAUUUGUCUAAUAAGACGGGUAAAUGUAUUCAUGCUUCAAUUUGGAUUUGGAGUUUAAGAAGUGAAUGUUUACAGUGGGUUUGUGUAGGAAAAGAUGACUGAUAUCACUUUUUCUGUGCUCCCAGGGCAGUCUGACAACACUACUCCCAUAGGCAGUACAUUUAAACCAAAAAUCUCUAUAUUUAAGAUUGAUUUUGUCCCUUUUUUAUAUGAAUUCACUGCAUUUCACCAUCUCAUGUUUGACUCACACACACACUCCUGUUUUGAUGUCCGUAUGCCACUUCAGUCCCCAGAUCUACUCAGAUAUAUGUGUUUAACGCUCCUUAUAGUAUAUUUACCAUCACGAUUCACCCGUUUCUGUUUUUGCCCAUUAUUUCGACGUGUCAUCCUCGCUCCAUCGGUCCGGUCCUUUUGGUACUGAUACUAUAGCCAUAUCCCAGACUGUCUUUGCUUACACAGAUGCUCACCCUCCUCCAGUGCAAUGUAAUGCCAUAAUUUCAAUUACCCUGAAGGAUUCAAGGGGUUUCUACCUCUCUGCACCCUAAACAAAAAAAAAACUAAAAAAAAAAAAAAACGACUCCAGUGUAUCUCUUCACUAGGAAGACGGUGUCACGACAGGUUUGAAGGAAAUGAAUGUGCUGUGAAUGUUUGUUAGUCGACCCUGGUGUAGAUGGCCUGCUGAGAAGAAAAAAAUAAAAGCGUCAGAGGGAUUGUUUUAGUCACAUGCAUGUCCCAAAAGACUUGUUUUUUUUUUUUCUGUCACAUCAGUGCAAACGAGGUGUAUUGUUCCAUUGAGGUCUACGGAUGUGAGUGAUGACUGUAAAAGCCGGUUCGCCCUCACGUCUCUGUUAGAACCAACGCUGUUUUAUGUUCCACGUUUGGACAGAACUGGCGUUUUAAACCAACCUACUCUGAACACACAGGCUACUCUACAAUCAGGGUUGAACAUUAAUGAAGAGGAAAAACAAGAAUUUUGUAUUCUGAUGUCCUUUGCUUAUAUCGAUGUGUGCAUUUUACUUUGCACUUUGGAAUAUUUCAUUGUCAUAAAAGAAGUUUAUUUUCUAUGUAAAGUUUAACAUUUAAGAGUACAAUAGAUAUAAUUAAAAGUUCAGAUGAUGUAAAGAUAUAGUGCUUUCUUUCCUGCCUGUAUUUUAUUAUUUUUCCUAUUUUGUAUCUGAUCUGUACACCCUGUAGAUGUAUAAUGAAUCUUUCACUACUGAAAUGCAAUGACCUGUUUUCUGUGCGGCCCCUCGGGAAUGGGGGGAGUUACUACUGCAGUUUCUUAUUGUAUCAGAUUCUUUUUUAAGUUUGUAAUAAAAAAAAACAAGAUUGGCAAAAACAA